GCUCAGUGUGAAUCACACGGGCGUCAGCACCAAACCACCGACCGCCAGUGAAAAGCUCCAGGUGAAGCACCUCAGGCUCGUGUUGUGUCGAGCACUGCUCAUUUUCACCGCUGACCGACUGGAUGGAGCAGGACUCCAAAUCCUGUUGGUGUCUGGUUUUCACUGACCUGCUGUCAAAUGUCAACACCCAAUUUCCUUAAGAGUUGAUUAUGUGGCCCACCUGUAACAACAGCCACAACGUGACCUUCUUCUACAACUUGGUGGGGAAAAAGAUCAGCACAGAAUGGACCCCUCGAGACUCAGUGGUCAUUGGACUGGGACUUACAGUUUGUCUCAUAGUCGUCCUGGCAAACCUCAUGGUCAUGAUAGCCAUUUUCAAGAAUCAGCGCUUUCACUUUCCUAUUUACUACCUCCUGAGCAACAUGGCAGCUGCAGACUUGUUUGCUGGUGUGGCUUAUGCCAACCUGAUGCUGAACACUGGACCCUGGACCAGCAAGCUCACCAAAGAGCAGUGGUACAUCCGAGGAGCUUUGAUCGACAUUAGCCUCACUGCCUCUGUAGCAAACCUUUUGGCUGUAGCUGUGGAGCGCCAUCAGACCAUCAUGACCAUGCAGCAGCACAGUAAAAUGACCAAACGCCGCGUGUUGCUGCUUAUCGUGUGUAUCUGGGUGGUGAGCAUCCUCAUGGGUCUUGUCCCGUCCACGUUUUGGAACUGUGAGUGUGACUGGAAUGACUGCUCCACUGUGGCGCCCCUCUACAGUCGCAGGUUCCUUAUUUUCUGGGCAGUUCUGAACCUGCUCACAUUCUUCAUCAUGGUGGCGAUGUACACUCGUAUCUUCUGUUAUGUCAGAUACCAAAGCAGAUACUCAUCUCGGCACACCAGCAGUCAGGCGGUUGACAACCUGAUGAAGACUAUUUUCCUGAUUCUAGGUGCUUUCGUGAUAUGUUGGACUCCUGGACUGGUGACCCUGCUGCUGGAUGGGCUGCUGGGAAAAGCCAGUCACGCCAACGCCUUUGAGAAGUUCUGCCUGGUGAUAGCAGAGUGCAACUCUAUGGUCAAUCCAAUCAUAUAUUCUCUACGGGACGAAGAGAUGAGGAGCACUUUUAAAUCUAUCCUGUGCUGUCUGUGUCGAGGAUGUUCUGGCCAGCAGAGGGCGCCCUUCCCAAUUGAGAUAGACCCACCGUUUCCUGAGGAAACUCUUGGCUGUCUGCACAAGUCAGAAGAAGCUUGCAGUUCACCUCAGAAUACAAAUAACAAGGACUAUUUGACUAUGCCCGAGGCGCCCUGCAGCCUACAAGUUAAGCAAUGCUCUAGUACAUUGUCUGACGUUCACGAAAACUAAUGUAUGUUUCCAUUGUACAAAUACUGAAUAAACAUGUAUGGACUAAGUCAUUACAUUAUAAUGAGUUUUGUAAAACAUUAUUCAUCAAGUGGUGC